GUGGCGCCUUGGUCUUGGCUGUAAAAUCAUUAAUCACCGGGAAGGCAGAAGCGCUGCUCAUGCGGCUGGAACGGGCUGGUGCCAUCGCCCGCGGGAGUCACCGGGACGACGGGCCGGACCGUGGGCCGCCGGCUUGCGGAGCUGAUCUCCCGCCUGGGUUUAGCAAGGCAGGGCUUUCCCCCUGGAUGUUGGAAUGAGCCAGGCUUACCCAAAAGCUGGUGCUCGCCCCACCCCUGGCUCUGGUUUUGGGCACGGUGGUGCCCGGCGCGGCCUUUCGCCGUUGUGCGGGGGCUCUCGAGGCCCCUUUCUGGCAAACGGCGGCUCCUUUCCUGCUCUGAGGCCCGGAGCUGGAGUCACGUAGGCCCGGCCUUGGUGCUCCCCUCAGCUGGCUCCUGGGGACCCCGACUUGCUGUUGGCGGAGCAGCGAUGGGGAGAGGCCGGAGCAUCCUCUGCAGCGACUCCAUCGCUUGGCCCUCGCCAGAAAGAGGGGGGCAGAGACACGGGGCGGCUCUUGCCUUCACCGCCGGUGCCGAUUCGGGGUGUCCCGGCUUCAAAGGGUGCUCAGCCAGACCCCCCUGCCCCCCGGCUGCAGCAAAGGGCUGAGCGGGGUUUCCCAGAUGCUUGGAGGACACCCUGGAUGCUUGAGUGACCCCCAGAGAGAGAUUGGGGUGCUCUGACAGCCCCCCCCCAUGCCGGGCACCGUCUCUCUGGCACCGUGGCCAAGGGUGUCAGCAGUUUCUCCUCUCCCGGGCUGUGAGCAGGCAGCUUUCCCGGGGAGCUCUAAUUAAUAACCCAGUGACAGAUUGCACAGGCUGCGUUUAACCUAAUAAUCUCGCCAGGAGCAGCAGCCGCCGCCACUGCCAGGCCCCCGAGCCGCAGUGGGCAGGCGCGGGCAGGGCUGCCCUCCACCUCCAUCCCUGGGGGGUACCCGCAGGGUGGGGGCUGGAUGCGCCCGCGGAGCUGCAGCGGGAGAAGCGUUUUCCCAGGCUGUGGCUCUCGCCCACGGCCGCUCGGGAUGGACCCCAGCAUCUCUGCGCCGUGUGAAGCCUGAUCUGGCAGGCAGAGGAGCUCUGCCAGCCUCCAAAUCGGUGGCUCGGAGCGCUGCCUGCACGCAUCCUGCCUGCCACAGGCUGCUGCCUGCCAUUAAUUAUGCAUUAGCCCUCUAUAAAGUAUUUAUGUCUGCCUGCUGCUCAGCCGCGGCCAGAAGGGUCCCGGCUAAAGGGAAAUGGCUCCUCGGUGGCUGCGGAUGCUCGGCCCAGACCCUCUUCCAGAGCCCCGACGAGGGCUGGCAGGUUUACACCUCGGCGCAAGCCCCCGACGGCAAAUGCCUCUGCACGGCCGUCAUCCCCGUCCAGGGCACGUGCUCCCGCGACCUGCGCAGCCACCAGCUCCGCCAGCUCAUGGAGAAGGUGCAGAACAUCUCCCAGUCGAUGGAGGUGCUGGACCUCCGCACCUACCGGGACCUCCAGUACGUGCGCAACACCGAGUCCCUGAUGAAGGGUUUGGACUCCAGGCUGAAGGUGGCUGCUGAGAGCCAGAAGAGCCUCAACGCCAAGAGCUUCCAGGAGCUCAAGGACAAGAUGACGGAGCUGCUGCCCCUGAUGCCCGUCCUGGAUCAGUACAAGUCGGACACGAGGUUGAUCGUGCACCUGAAGGAGGAGGUGAGGAACCUCUCCGGGAGCUUGCUGGCCAUCCAGGAGGAGAUGGGGGCCUACGACUACGAGGAGCUGCAGCAGCGGGUGCUGAUGCUGGAGGCGCGGCUGCACGCCUGCAUGCAAAAACUGGGCUGCGGGAAGCUGACGGGGGUCAGCAAUCCCAUCACCAUCCGAGCGUCGGGCUCCCGCUUCGGCUCGUGGAUGACUGACACGAUGACGCCCAGCUCCGACAGCCGGGUGUGGUACAUGGACGGUUACUACAAGGGCCGCCGCGUCUUGGAGUUUCGGACCUUGAACGACUUUGUGACGGGACAGAACUUCGUGCAGCAUCUCCUGCCGCAUCCCUGGGCCGGCACCGGCCACGUGGUCUUCAACGGGUCCCUCUACUACAACAAAUACCAGAGUAACAUCGCGGUGAAGUACCACUUCCGCUCCCGCAGCGUGCUGGUGCAGCGCAGCCUCGCCGGCGCCGGCUACAACAACACCUUCCCUUAUUCUUGGGGUGGUUUCUCCGACAUCGACUUCAUGGUGGACGAGAGCGGGCUGUGGGCCGUCUACACCACCAACCAAAACGCCGGCAACAUCGUGGUGAGCCGGGUGGACCCCCAGACGCUGGAGGUGCUGCGUAGCUGGGACACGGGUUACCCCAAACGAAGCGCCGGAGAGUCCUUCAUGAUCUGCGGCACGCUCUACGUCACCAACUCCCACCUCGCCGGCGCCAAGAUCUAUUUUGCCUACUACACAAACACUUCCAGCUACGAAUACACGGAUAUUCCCUUCCACAACCAGUAUUCCCACAUAUCCAUGCUGGACUACAACCCGCGGGAGAGGGUGCUCUACACCUGGAACAACGGCCACCAGGUCAUCUACAACGUCACGCUCUUCCACGUCAUAAAGACGUCGGGCGAGCUGUGACCCCGCGCCGGACUCCUCUGCUCUCCCUCCCCAGCUCUUUAUUUUUCUACACUUCAGCCUCAGCCAUUCUCUCUAGGGGAUGGAGUCUUCCUCCUCCUCUUUGAUUUUUAUUUUUUCUAUAUUUCUUUGGUUUCUUCCCGCGGUUCAUGGCGCAUGGAUCUCUUCUGUCUUCAUUUGAGCUGACCUUGGUCAUUUUUUUUUUUUUUCUCCAAUUUACAUCUU